UGCUUUGAAUUAAAUCAAAUUUGUUUAACAAAAAGAUUAUGAUGAAGGUGAAAGUAGAGCGCUCUAGUGAUCCCAAUGAAUCCGUCCAGAUCAGCGGAGACGUGACCAUCAAGGAGGAGGAGACGUACGACGACAAACUGCUGUUUGUGAAUGCCAUAGCCAAGCCCAUGGCGGGCAAGAAGCUCGCCAAGAAGUGCUAUAAACUGGUCAAGAAAGCCAUGAAACACAAGACCUAUCUGCGAAAUGGUCUUAAGGAUGUGCAGACCCGUUUGCGAAAAGGAGAGACUGGCAUUUGCAUCUUUGCUGGCGAUGUGACACCUGUGGACAUCAUGUGCCAUCUGCCUGCCGUCUGCGAGGAGAAGGGCAUUCCCUAUGCCUACACCCCAAGUCGUGCAGACCUGGGUGCUGCCAUGGGCGUCAAGCGGGGAACAGUUGCGCUGCUCAUCCGCCAAAACGACGACUACAAGGAUCUGUACGACGAGGUCAAGGAGGAGUUGUCCGGCCUGAAUGUCCCCAUCUAAGCCUUUAGGAUUAAGUCUUGUAUCACCUUUAGAAUCUAGUUAAGCUUUAUAAACUAAUAAAGGUCAGGCUCCCCUUCCCAUUUGGGAGGUCUUGCUGCUGCCAAAUAAAUCCAAA